CCGGGAGGCCGCGGCGCGGGCCCAGGAGCGGUAGGACUCGGGCCGGAGCGUGGCCGGACCCCCACCCGCCGAGGGGCCCAGGGAGGACGCGCGCGUGGGGACACACAAAUCAGAAUCCCAGAAGCCUCUGUCGGUGACUGAAGAUAGACACCGUCCUGUCAGCCACAACUCCAUGGGUUAUACACCCCGGCUGAAGGGUCACCCGGGGCUACAGGAGCAAGGACAGAGAAACAGGGGAAGUGACUGAGGAGAAGAUGCCUUAAUUGGAGGUUUGAAGGAGGAGCAGAGGCAGAGUCACAGUGGCAGCAUUGAGAGUUGGACACCCGGGUCCUUGAAGUGAUCUCUAGGCCCCAGCCCCAAAUCCGCCACCAUUCCGUGCUGCGGGGACACCAUGGCUCCAGAAGAGGACGCUGGAGGGGAGGCCUUAGGGGGCAGUUUCUGGGAGGCUGGCAACUACAGGCGCACGGUACAGCGGGUGGAGGACGGGCACCGGCUGUGCGGGGACCUGGUCAGCUGCUUCCAGGAGCGCGCCCGCAUCGAGAAGGCUUAUGCCCAGCAGUUGGCUGACUGGGCCCGAAAGUGGAGGGGGACCGUGGAGAAGGGCCCCCAGUAUGGCACACUGGAGAAGGCCUGGCAUGCCUUUUUCACGGCGGCUGAGCGGCUGAGCGCGCUGCACCUGGAGGUGCGGGAGAAGCUGCAAGGGCAGGACAGUGAGCGGGUGCGCGCCUGGCAGCGGGGGGCUUUCCACCGGCCUGUGCUGGGCGGCUUCCGCGAGAGCCGGGCGGCCGAGGACGGCUUCCGCAAGGCCCAGAAGCCCUGGCUGAAGAGGCUGAAGGAGGUUGAGGCUUCCAAGAAAAGCUACCACGCAGCCCGGAAGGAUGAGAAGACCGCCCAGACGAGGGAGAGCCACGCGAAGGCAGACAGCGCCGUCUCCCAGGAGCAGCUGCGCAAACUGCAGGAACGGGUGGAACGCUGUGCCAAGGAGGCCGAGAAGACAAAAGCUCAGUAUGAGCAGACACUGGCAGAGCUGCAUCGCUACACUCCACGCUACAUGGAGGACAUGGAACAGGCCUUUGAGACCUGCCAGGCCGCCGAGCGCCAGCGGCUUCUUUUCUUCAAGGAUAUGCUGCUCACCUUACACCAGCACCUGGACCUUUCCAGCAGUGAGAAGUUCCAUGAACUCCACCGCGACUUGCACCAGGGCAUUGAGGCAGCCAGUGACGAAGAGGAUCUGCGCUGGUGGCGCAGCACCCACGGGCCAGGCAUGGCUAUGAACUGGCCACAGUUCGAGGAGUGGUCCUUGGACACACAGAGGACAAUCAGCCGGAAAGAGAAGGGUGGCCGGAGCCCUGAUGAGGUUACCCUGACCAGCAUUGUGCCUACAAGAGAUGGCACCGCACCCCCACCCCAGUCCCCGGGGUCCCCAGGCACGGGGCAGGAUGAGGAGUGGUCAGAUGAAGAGAGUCCCCGGAAGGCUGCCACCGGGGUUCGGGUGAGGGCACUCUAUGACUACGCUGGCCAGGAAGCUGAUGAGCUGAGCUUCCGAGCAGGGGAGGAGCUGCUGAAGAUGAGUGAGGAGGACGAGCAGGGCUGGUGCCAAGGCCAGUUGCAGAGUGGCCGCAUUGGCCUGUACCCUGCCAACUACGUGGAGUGUGUGGGCGCCUGAGUGUCCUGACAGCCCUUCUGCGACGUUUACCCACCCUGGGUCAGAGCCCAGCUUCUCCUGGAGAGCCGGACCCUCAGGGCCCUGAACCGUCGCUCUCCGGCUGCUCCUCUGUCCCUUGAGGGAGGAAGUCCUGGGACCCAGGGAGGGGAGGGGCCUUUGUCUAGGGAAGGGACUGGUAGGGAAGGGACGAGUCUAGGCUGAGGGCAAGAUGGGAGGUCAGAGGUGACAGAAGCGUUCAGGGGUGCCUGGGCCUCCCCAGGAGCUGUGGACUCAGUUCCUGACCUCUGCUUUGGGGUUCCUGGGGUGGGCUUGGGGUGAGUGUAGUUCCGGCCUGCAGCACCCUCUUGCGGCUUGUUCUAGCGUGUAUUAAAACUUGACACACACCCACACACAAAAACAAAAACACCA